AGACCUUAUUCCUUUCUCUGUUUAACUGUCUCUUUUUUACCGUCCAUCUGAUCCGCAAGCUUUCAGUCGGGUAACGCGCGUAUCCGAUUCUUCUAUCAUCAGCUCAGUCAUCCAACCAGCAUGGCUUUGGCAGCAAUCUCACUCCUUGUCAAAGGGCUGGGAAUUGUAAUUGUUAUUUACGUGUUACGUUGUCUACAAUUGCGAUUACACCGCCGCCAACUCGCUUCCAAGAACAACUGCCGUCCGUGUCCCGCCUACCCGCAAAGGGACCCAAUCUUCGGCAUUGACACUCAUAUUGAGACUAUUCAGGGCUUCAGGAACAAUCACUACCUGGACCUCCUGAUUAAACGCCACAACAAAUUCGGCCGCACCUUUUCGUUCGACUUGUUCGGUUCAACUACUAUUUCAACAUGCGACCCUGAUGUGCUCAAAUGUGCCCUGUCAUCGCAUUUUAAAGACUUCUCCAACGGAGACCUCAGAGCAAAGAGUGUCGCACCAUUGCUGGGUCGAGGGAUUCUCGCCGCCGACGGUGAAGAAUGGCACCAUCAACGGGCGCUGAUCCGGCCAAGCUUUGCGCGUGCCCAGGCCACGGAUUUGAGCAUUUUCGAACGCCACGCAACGCAGUUGAUCCGCGCGAUUGAGCGGAAAGGCUGCAAUGUCGACAUCCAAGAACUUGUGCAGCAAAUGAUCCUCGAUGCCAACACAGAGUACCUCUUCGGCGAAAGCACCGGCCUCCUGACCGAGCACGCCUCCACAUCCGCCUUGUUACUGAACGAGGCCUUGGACUACGCCCUGGAAGGUGUAAUAUACAGGAUACGACUCGGAAAACUCAUGCCCCUACACCGUGACCCCAAGUUCUGGGACGCGUGCAAGACGGUACACGCCUUUGCCGAUCAGUACGUUGCGCAGGCCUUGGAGCUGAGAAAUUUGCACGCCAAAAACAAAGAGGCGUCUGACGAGGAGGCGCGACUACCCAAAAGAUACGUCUUGUUGAAUGAGAUGGCCAAGGACACAAGCGACCCCAUUCUUCUGCGUGACGAGAUCGUCACCAUUGUCAUGGCUGCCCGUGACACAACAUCCGCCACUGUCUCCUUCGCGCUAUACCUGCUCGCACGACGACCUGACAUCUGGGCCAAGCUGAGGACGAACGUGAUGCAGCACUACAUCUCGCCCUUGACCUACGAAGCUCUUGAGGACAUGAAGUAUCUAAAAUGGGUGGUGGCCGAGACCCUUCGCCUAUUCCCCCCAAUUGCCAACAACGGCCGCAUGGCCGUUCGGGACACCGUGUUCCCGGUUGGCGGUGGCCCAGAUGGCAAGGCGCCGCUGCUGGUGACCAAAGGCACGACAGUGCUCUUCAGUGUCUACGUGAUGCAAAGGCGGACCGAUCUCUGGGGCCCUGAUGCCGAAAAUUUUGAGCCAGAGCGUUGGAGCCCUGAAUCGGAGAGGAAGGGACGCCAUGGAUGGGAAUAUCUUCCGUUCCUCGGAGGCCCGAGAAUAUGCCCCGGCCAGAAGUUUGCGUUGACCCAAGCGAGCCAUGUGCUGGCGAGGCUGGCUCAUGCAUUCGAAAGGAUCGAGAAUAUGGAUCCAAGAGAUUGGAGAGAGCAGUGGACCCUCAGCGUCGCCCCCAAAGAUGGCGUGAAAGUGAAGCUGGUGCCGGCGGCGUAG